AUGCCAAAUGCUAGUUUCUCCAAGAGAUUUGUGGUGGAUGCAGUUCGGCCCGAGGCGAAAGGAUACCCUCAUUCAGUAACUGAACUGACACGAGGUGAAAUGGUCCGCCUGACAGAGGCUCUGCACACCCAAAUGGGUGAAAGUUCACGCCGUACCAUUGCUCAAGCCCAAGGAUUCAUUCAAGACCUUCCAAAAAGACUUCGCGCCAAACGGAUAUCUCUGGCAACCUUGGGACUCAAAGCCAUCUGUAUCUGCGAUCUACACCGGCCCAUGAAUGCAGAACUCCUGGAACACACCCUGUAUCUUAUCCAGCGAGAAGUGACAACCUGUCUUCGACCAUUUGAUGAUUACCCAAAUCAAGUCUUCCUCGCAGAUACAGCAGUUCUGGACCGCCUUCGAGCAAUCCGGGGAUGUGGAUUAGGCCUGUGGUAG